AUCUCAGCCCAGCUCCUGGAUCUGCCAUGCUCAGGAGGUACAAGAGUGGUGGGGAGAGGCUGAGCCCAGCCCUGCCUUUGCAGCAGGGUCUGUGGCUCCCAACCUUGCUUUGCAGGUGUGUGCCACAAUGACAGUGAAGAAGAAUCAGACUCUGCAGAAUGGAAUUGCCAAGGAGAACGUGCUGCAGAGGGUCCUGCAGCUGCCCGUGGUGAGCUCGACCUACGAGAGCCUGCAGAGGACCUACAGCAGCACCAAGGAGGCUCACCCGCUGGUGGCCUCGGUGUGCGAUGUCUACGAGAGGGGCGUGCAGGGCGCCGGCGCCUUGGCCAAGUGGAGCGUGGAGCCCGUGGUGCGCCGGCUGGAGCCUCAGUUUGCUGUGGCUAACGACCUGGCUUGCCGAGGCUUGGACCACCUGGAGGAGAAGAUCCCUGCCCUCCAGUACCCUGUUCAUAAACUUGCAUCUGAACUGAAGGGCAGCAUCUCCCUCCCCAUCCUAAGUGCCAGAAGCACCAUUGGCAACUCUGUGGAUAAGAUCAUAGAGCUGGCAGCAGAGGGCUAUGAAGCCACCAAGAGCACAGUGGAAACGACAGCAAAGUACACGAGAAGGAACUCGGUGACCCAGAUGGCAGCUGCAGGGGUGGACACAGCUCUGGGAGGGCUGGAGAAGCUGAUGGAGUACCUGCUGCCAGAGGAGGAUGAGGAAACAGAUCAGAAGCCCAAAGCAGCAUGUGGGGCAGCAGCAAAGGCCUCUCAGAAGCAGCCCUGUGUUCCCAGUGCUCCAAGUGUUCCCAGUGCUCCAAGUGCUCCCAGUGCUCCCAGUGCUCCCAGCACUCCCAGCGCUCCCAGCACCCUGGGACGGAUUGGCGCCUUGGUUAGCACUGUCUCCCACCGCGCUUACCAGCAAACCACCCAGAGCCUCCAGCGCGCCAAAGCCAAAGGGCAGGAGCUGGCCACUUGGAUCCCCAUCCUGGGCAACUUGGCCAAGCCAAGUGCACCUGAGGCACCACAGGUCCACAGUGAUGGGAAGAGCACCACAUCUGGCUGGCUGAGCCGGCGGCAGAGCAAGGUGCCAGAGCAGAAGCAGGAGAAGGCAGGGAAGAAAGACAGCAACCCCACCAAGGAGGCAGGAGAGGAGCCCGGGCUGGUGGGCAGCAUGGCUCACAACCUGCAAACUGCCUAUGCCUCUGGCAUCUCCAGCGUGAAGAAGGUCCCAGCCGUGGCCUGGGAUGCAGCAGAGGGCUUGAUCCUCUUCACCCCCCGCCGGCUGUCCAAGGCCAUGGAGACAGUGGAUGCCCUUGGAGGGACCCUUGUCAGUGCCCCCAAGCACCUGCUGGGCACCCUGUACAGCUAUGUGCCGCUCCGCAGGCAGUCAGUGAAGGACGAGAACGCGGCCGGGGGCAGCAAGCCUGACCCGGAGAAGGAGCAGAAGGAGGAGGACACCAAGUCUGCCGCCCCCUCCACCGAGGAGAAAGCCCAGCUGAGGGGUGACUGGAGGAUGUACCGCGGCCACCACCCCCUCUCCUUCCUGGGGCUGGAGGACCCCCUGUUCCUGCGCCACAACUUCUACCGCAGCCCGGCCUUCGAGCCCGAGUACGCCGUGCCGCGGAAAGCCGCCUUCACCCCCUACAGCCGGCGGGUCAGCGAGGGCUCCUACCGCUUCGGCCCCGACGCCCUCUACGGCCGCGCCUACGGCGGCAGCCUCUACAGCCCUGCCUUCAAGAAGGACUGAGCGGGGGCGCAGCAUGAGCCCACCCCGGCUCCCCCUCUCUCAGUCACUCCCCCGCAUGCUUUGCCCGGGCCACCGCCAGCCACCCGCCCGCAUCCCUGUACCAGCACAGGAGCUCAGAGUGGUAGACAUGCCAUGGGAUAUCCUCAGGACUGCAUCGGGGCCAGGAGAGGGGAAUAAAAGCAUCUGAAAGCCCUGUUAGGGGAAGGAGAAGGUAGGGGGAGGUGGGACCAGAGAGGACCAGAGAGGCAAAGGAGAUGUAGAAAGAGGGGUGAGACCAGAAAAAGGGACCAGCCAGGCCUGGCACUGGACUACCCCAGUCCCUACUGAGCAGAUAGUGUGGGCUCAGAUGGGAUACGUGCUGAGAGCAGCAUGGAGAGCAGGGAGGACAGCAAAGCCAUGAAACAUCAGCACAGCAAUGUUAGCUCCCCAUCCUUCCUCCCUCCAUCCUCCCUCACAGGGCCCAUCCCUGGCCAUGGAGGAGCUGAAGAUCCCCACUGAUCAGGAGGACUUGGGAGUAAGAAAGCCCUGGGGAUCCAUCCCACAACAUGGUGGGACAGAUGGUGGGGUCAGGAAGAAAACUGGUGAGAACAGGUGGAGCUCCUGGAGCCCCUCUCUCCCACAGGACCUCCUGGCUUCCUGCAACACCUCGUUGUAUCUGCUGCAGCAAUAAACCUUC